AUGGCGCUUCUCGUCGAUAAGCUGCGUCCAAGAACCCUUGAUGCAUUGAGCUACCAUCCAGAGCUCUCGGAUCGCCUGCGAUCUUUGGCUCAAAGCGGAGACUUCCCUCACUUGCUGGUAUACGGACCAUCGGGCGCAGGCAAAAAGACGCGCAUCAUUGCGACCCUGAAGGAACUGUACGGUCCAGGAGUGGAGAAAAUCAAGAUCGAUGCCCGGGUGUUUCAGACGACGAGCAACCGCAAGCUGGAGUUCAACAUCGUCUCCUCAGUCUACCAUCUCGAAAUCACUCCUGCGGACGUUGGUAACUAUGACCGGGUUGUCAUCCAGGAGCUGCUCAAGGAGGUCGCGCAGACGCAACAAGUCGACUUGUCCGCAAAACAACGGUUCAAAAUCGUGGUGAUCAACGAAGCCGACCACUUGACUCGUGAUGCCCAAGCCGCCCUGCGUCGGACGAUGGAGAAAUACAGUCCCAAUCUGCGCCUGAUUCUUCUGGCCAACAGUACCUCGAACAUAAUUGCCCCCAUUCGUUCGCGAACACUGCUGGUUCGAGUAGCCGCACCCACCGAAAACGAUAUCUGCUCGGUUCUUCGGGUCGCAGGGAAGAGAGAAGGUUGGGCCGAGGUCGAGGAACUCAACAAGCGGAUUGCACAGGAGAGCGGACGGAACCUGCGUCGUGCGCUACUCAUGUUUGAAGCGAUCUAUGCGCAAAAUGAGAAAGUGACGGAGAAGACUCUGAUUCCGCCUCCGGACUGGGAGGCGCUAAUCCAGGUGACGGCGGAUGAGAUCCUGGCCGAACGAUCACCAGCUCGGCUGUUGCAGGUUCGCGCAAGGUUAUAUGAUCUCUUGACUCACUGUAUCCCGCCAACCACCGUUCUCAAGACUCUGACCUUCAAGCUUGUCGCAAAAGUCGAUGAUGCAUUGAAACCCGAUGUCAUCAAGUGGUCCGCGUUCUAUGAACACCGAAUCAAGCUGGGCAGUAAAGUCAUCUUUCAUCUUGAAGCCUUCGUUGCCAAGUUCAUGCGUAUUUAUGAGAGUUACCUGAUGGGCAUGGAUUUCUGA